GCUUCACAUGAUGAAAAUUGCACUCACGCAUUCAUUUAUAUGGUCUUGUAUAUGCCUUACAAGUUCUUAGUUGUGUCACGAUUUUUCAAAUUCAUCAAUAAUGUCUUAAAUUUGAAACUAAAACUGUAACUCAAAGACAAUAUUUCUUUUAUUGUACGUUCAAGCAUACAGAUCUAUGAUAAACCGCGUAGCUGGUGGAUUUAAAAGAAAAUUACUUGAUUACUUAAUAUAAUAUUGGAAGCCACAACCGGUGCGGGUGACCGAUGGACAAGACAGGCGGGGAGAGAAGAUACGCGAUCGACAUGAAGCUGUUCAAGUUCACCGGUUUCUAUCACAUGGUGAACCCGAACGGUCGGAAACUGUUCAACCGGAACGUGUACAACGUGGUGCACGUGACGUUGGUGGUGGUGACUAGCGCCAUCACCGCGCUGGGGACACCAGGCGUGCUGUUCAGGACCGACCGGUCGAUCGAGAACAGUUUCAAAGACAUGCCGUCGCUGUUCUUCGUCGCGUGCAUCACCGUCGGCAACCUGAAAAUAAUCGCGAUCGUCCGUCACGCCGACGAGCUAUGGUCGCUGUUCGACGUGGCCGACGUGUCGUUCCUGUCAAGCUCGCAGUGCCGGGCGCAGGACCGCAAGCUGGUGGACUGCGGCAGCCGGUACCGGAAGAUAUUCCCGUGGUACUCCUUCUUGUUCCUGAUGACCGGCUUCUCGUGGAUAACCAUGCCCAUUAUCGUGAACCGUCACUACGCCGCCGCCGAACACGUUCCCAAGUUCAACGUGGUGAACCUGCGGUACCCCGUGUCCGCGGAAACGUACAACGCGUUCUACGGCGCGUUGUACGUGAUGGAAAGCGUGAUGUGCGGCUACGGCGCUAUCGGGCUGGUGGUGUUCGACCUGUUCUUGAUCGCUAUACUCCAAGUGGUAUCCAUCCAGUAUGAGAUCAUAUCGUCGGCAUUCGAGAAAUUGCGGUUCGGAGCCGACGACGGGACGAACGGCGAUAAACUUGAAGAUCUCGGCAACGACACUGAAGAUGAUUUUCGAUCAAUUAUAUUAGAUAGCCAAAAAUUGUACAAAAAAUUGGAGAUAAUCUAUCGAAUCUCGCGGCCAAUCACGUUGAUUUAUAUGGUUGGAGAUGCAGUAGGAAUGAUUACCAUGCCUUAUUCAAUCGUUUUGUGUUAUUUCAAACACGGAUCGUCUAUUUUUAACACCGAUGUUUUGACUUUUGUAUGGACCUUGAGCGUUGCCUAUAUUCAAUCGUACAUAUACUGUAGUUUAUUUCAAGGCAUAACCGAAAAAAAAGAAGCUGUGAGUUUUGGAUUGUACUGCUGCGACUGGACACGGUUAAACGUCCGGACCAAAAAACUCGUACUGUUAGCGAUGCAGGUGAACAGUUCGAAUAACUUGAAAAUGAAAGCCACGCCAGCGAAAUUUGUUGACCUACCGAUGCUUUCAGUUAUAGCGCGAACUUCGUACAACAUAACGUCUGUAUUGAUCAAUAAAAAUAUAGACAAAAUAAGGCAAUCUCAAUGGUGAUGAAAUGUUUCGUAUAAUAAUGAAUAAUGAAUGUAUUAAGAUUCAAUUU